GCGCCGCGCUCCUGCCCACCCCGCGCCCCGCGGCGGGCGGAGUCCGCGAGAGUUUGCCCCGGAGCUCCGGGAACUUUCCCGCCGAAGCUCCGCUCCCGCGAAAGCAGUACCUGCCGGCGCCCUCCGCUCCCCUCGGCGCUCGCGAGGUUACUUCAUGGAACGAGCGAUUAAGAGAAAAAGAAAGGAUCAAAGCUCUGUCGAAAACCAAACCAUGUGAUCUUCAGAAGUGAGGAGAGAUGCAGCCAUCUGAAAUGGUCAUGAACCCUAAACAAGUCUUCUUCUCGGUGCUGAUAUUUGGAGUAGCAGGGCUACUCCUCUUCAUGUAUUUGCAAGUCUGGAUUGAAGAACAACAUACAGCAUGGGGGCCUGUAAAUUACUUGCAGCCUAUACCCAGAAUCAUGACUAGAGAAAAAAUCCAGGAACAUAUCACCAACCAGAUACCCAAGUCCCACGUGCUCGAGAAUCCCAAGGAUAAAAAGGAAAAUCUACUCAACUCCAAAAGGCCUACUAGGGACUUCAUGGAAACCAACCACUCCCAAAGGGAGGCUCAAGCUUUGCGUAGGAUCACAGGGUCACCAACAAUUCAGUUGACUGAAAAACACCAAGGGACUAAGACCCUUCUCAGGAAGUUCAGAGAGAUGGAUUGGCCGGUGGACAUUCGCCCUUUAAACAAAAGCUUAGUCACAGAUAGCAAAUGGAAGAGAAUUGAUGCAACUCAAGAAAAACGGAGGUCUUUCCUUCAGGAAUUUUGCAAGAAAUACGGUGGGGUGAGUCGUCCUCAAUCCCAUAUUUUCCACAUGGUCUCCAGGAUCUAUGUAGAAGACAAACACAAAAUCUUAUACUGUGAAGUGCCGAAGGCUGGCUGCUCCAACUGGAAGAGAAUUCUGAUGGUGCUCAAUGGGUUGGCCCCCUCCGCGUACAACAUCUCCCAUGAUGCUGUUCACUACGGAAAGCAUUUGAAAAAGCUGGACAGCUUUGACUUAAAAGGGAUUUAUACUCGUUUAAAUACCUACACCAAAGCUGUGUUUGUUCGUGAUCCCAUGGAAAGAUUAGUGUCAGCAUUUAGGGACAAAUUUGAACACCCCAAUAGUUAUUACCAUCCAGUAUUUGGAAAGGCAAUUAUAAAGAAAUAUCGGCCGAAUGCUUGUGAAGAAUUAAAUAACGGAUCUGGAGUCAAAUUCAAAGAGUUCAUCCACUACCUGCUGGAUUCCCACCGCCCGGUAGGAAUGGAUAUUCACUGGGAAAAGGUCAGCAAACUCUGCUACCCCUGUUUGAUCCACUAUGAUUUUGUAGGGAAAUUUGAAACUUUGGAAGAAGAUGCCAAUCACUUUUUGCAGCUUAUUGGAGCUCCAAAAGAGCUGAAAUUUCCCAACUUUAAGGAUAGGCACUCUUCCGAUAAAAGAACCAAUGCUCAGGUGGUAAGACAGUAUUUAAAGGACCUGACUAGAUCUGAGAGACAAUUAAUCUAUGACUUUUAUUACUUGGACUAUUUGAUGUUUAAUUAUACAACUCCAUUUUUGUAGUGUGCAUUCAUUUUCUAAAACUCUGUAUGUGCUUCAUGACGAAGGCCUCAAAUCAGCUAGUUGUAAUUUUCCUGUAAUUCUCUGUAUGAGGAAAAUUUAACUAAGUGCAAUUUUCUUGAUUUAAUGAAGAUUUUUACCAAAUCGUAUGAAACCAAUUGGCACAAAGUUAUAGGAAAAUUACCUAACAGAGACAUGUAAACAACUUCAGUUGCUCUAAAAUGUUUGGAGAAGAGCUGCUUUUGCAUUAUGGAUUAUAUUAUAGAAGCAGUAAUCUAGCCAGCUGCUACAUUAGCCACAACUGCCUCUUGCAAGGGUAAGAAAAGCGAUCUAAAAUAGCAUGAGUGUAUGUCUCCAUCCUGGAAUCUGUUGUCUAAAGUGCACGGAGAUAUUUUUAGCAGUCUGUGGCAUGUGAAUCAAACGUUGGAUAGUUUUCUUACACCCCUGGAAAUCUUUCCAUCAACCGUAAUGAUAAAUCAAUUUCGAAAUGGUGCUUUGGACCUGAACAUUUUACUUUAGAUUGGAAGGCAUUAUGUGAUUUACAAUAUGAGAAUAUAGCAGAAAAACCAGAUGAGGUUAUGGCUUUUUAUAUUCAACAGCCAAUAAAAAAUGCACAACAUGCUAAGAUCAAAGCAACAAAAGAAACCUUCCUCUUCCAGAAAAACUUAAGGAAAUUGAUUCUGUUUCCUUCCGAGCCCUUUUUGCAGAGACAAAAUGAACGUAACCACUAAAAGUCUUCACUUUUGAAGCAGACGAUUGAGAAGUUUAAGCCUCAUCAGAUAUAAAUGUGCUCCUCAUUGCGGUUUAAUUGGGCAGGGGGGAAAUUGUUUCAGGAUGGAAUAAUCGUCAAAAACAAAAGUUGCCAAUCUGAAUAUAGACCUCAAACAAUAACAAAGUUUUAUAAGAAUAUUAUUUGAAUCACAGCAUCAUGUGCAUAGCUUUAUAUGUGCAAUGUACUCUAAGAAUAGCUUUUGUCUAAUUAUUCAGCUUGGGAAUGACUUUUUAAAAACUAAUAUACCACUUCAAAGAUAGGUUACGUUCUAGAGAAUAAACAUAACAGGAGCCCCUAGAAAUGUUUUUUAAUAGGCUUAUGCAUAAACAAAAUAAGGUAUUUUCUUUUCAAGUUUAAAUAUUCUAUACUAACAGAAUCAAAUACUAUUGUAUUCAAAUAGUCAAUCAAAGUCUUUGGAAAACAGGACCAUGUGUCACCCCUGUGAAAAGUUGUAAUGCAUUUUGGAAAUUUUUUCCAAGGGACCCUAAAUUUGUAGACACGUUUGGAUGGAAUAUUUAUUUUAAUUGGUCGAUGGAUACUGUGAGUUAAGCAAACCACACAUUCAAACCCUGUUUAAAUGCAUUUCUUGA